AUGUCCCCUGGCCCCAAUUUUCCAUAUCCAGGCGUGUUUCGUACUGGAAUGUUGGGAGCCCACCCGCCACAAGAGCAAGCGCUGGCAGCUGUCGCGGGUAAGUGCGACGACACCGUCAGUGUCGUCGAGUCGCUCGAGACCAAGUCAUCCAUGUCGGGAAGCGACGUCUCUACCAAGUCUCCCCCGAAACCUCUCCCGAUCCUCCUGGUUAUUGUCAUGUUUCUCAUGAUAGUCGCGUCCGGCGGAGGCCUGUGUCUGUCGGCUCUUCAGUUUCGACCUUCGAAGAAGGGCGAGCGGGAUUGUCUGAGCCAAAGCUUCAUCCUGUUUGCCUCUAUGAUCUCGCCCAUGUACGUGGCACUGCACAUCUUCGUCUCUUUCCGCAACUAUCAGGUCGUGAGGAGGCAGUCGCUGCAGUCGCCUUUGGUAUCAUGGGCCUUCAUCGUCGCACGACUCGGGCUACUUCUUUGGGUUCCGGCUACGAUCCUCUCCUCAGUGGCCAUGUCACACUACCCUGGGUUUGUGACACAGAGCCCGAUCACCGAGCUGAACCUGGCGGUUUCUACAGUUGGGAUCCGUGCGAGCAGCCGCCCGCCAACCCCUCCGGCCUACUACUACUUCCCCGCCAACCACCGACACACCAUCCCGGCGCCGGCACGCGCCAAACUCGUCCGCAAGGCAAGCUACCCCCGCCGCCAAGAGAACGUCCCGCCCGUCCCUCCCAUCCCGUACCCGCACCCGGACUCCCUCGGCAUCAUGCUCCCCAUCCCAGAGCCGUUGCCCCCGCUGCCGGAACUCGCGACGACGCCGACGCCGCUACCAGUCAUCAAGGUCACCCCCGCCACGGCGCCCGCCUGCCUGUGCCCGGGAAACGGGAGGCUCGUGCCACCGGCGCCGAACACGGAUAAGCCGUGCCCGCCACCACCCGGGACGGCGUGGGCCAAGGACUGGGAGCAGCUCGCCGUGGACGCCGGCGUGAGUCGGAACGCGUCGUUGUCGACGGUCGGGACGGCCACGCUUGAUGGGAGGGUGGAUGCGUACCGGGCCGCACUGAGGGCGCCUCUGCCGCAAAUCGUUGUCACCCAUAGCCCGGAGCCGGUUUGA